CAACCCCUCUAAUGAAGCACACCAUUACUUCUCCUUUGAAAAACAAAAUGACCAGGUACAGAAUUGAAACGAUCGGUAAACCAGGUUUAUUAUCACUAUUUAAUAUAACUAUUUUCAACAGUAUGCGCUGACAAAAAUACAAAUCGAAUAAAUGGCCCAAGGCGAAAUCAAUCGCCUAUCAAGGAAUUCGCUCAACAAAUCCAUGUAAGAGCCGGAAGGGAAAAUACGACGUCACAAUCUUGUCGCGAUGAGCCUGGCCUGGUACCGGAAAUGAGCUCUCCCUUCCCACUGCUAACCUCGCGAGAUUGCUCGGGAUCUCUCUCUUUUCUCUGCCACCGCCGACAUGCCUUCCAAACUAAGAAAGACCAGGAAGCUACGUGGGCACGUGAGUCACGGCCAUGGCCGAAUCGGCAAACACAGGAAGCACCCUGGUGGUCGUGGUAAUGCCGGUGGUAUGCAUCACCACAGAAUCAACUUUGAUAAAUACCACCCUGGUUAUUUUGGGAAAGUUGGUAUGAGACAUUACCAUCUGAAAAAAAAUCAAUCUUUCUGUCCAACUAUCAACUUGGAUAAACUGUGGACUCUUGUUAGUGAACAGACAAGGCUGAACCAUGCAAAGAACCCUGAAGGCCCAGCACCAAUCAUCAAUGCUGUUCAUGCUGGUUAUUACAAGGUGUUGGGAAAAGGCAAGCUCCCUAAGCAGCCAGUGAUUGUGAAAGCAAAAUUCUUCAGCAGAAAAGCAGAGGAGAAAAUAAAGAGUGUUGGCGGUGCUUGUGUGCUAGUUGCAUAAACCUUUGUUCCAACAAAAAAAUAAACAUUUUGUUCUUUACAACAA